UUGGUUUUUAGGCAAAUCAUUCAUGGUUCCCGGUCCCAACAAAAAACCGCAACCGUUUCAUAAACCAUCAUCGAGGGUACAGUCGUUUCGUCGGAGAAAAGGAUAGAAAAGCAAAAAAGAAAGAAACACUGAAAGUUUAAACUGAUGCAUACAAGAUAUUGACUAGAUGGAUGAAAACGGAGAGGAUUCAGACGAACAAAAUAAGAAUACAGAGUUAAAGAACAGUGAAGAGCAGGGGCAAAGUAAUAUAGAUAAAGCCAUAAAAGCUAGGGAGGAAAACAGAACAGCAGAAGCAUUAGAUCUAUAUAAAAAGGAGAUACAGCAUUUGAUUGAGGAAAUCAAAGAUGAAUCCAUGGUAACAGAGGUAAAGAAUAAAUUAAAACGACAGUGUUCCAUUUAUCUCUCUGAGGCCGAGAUCUUGCAGAAAGAACUAAAUGAUGAAAAUGGAGAUGGAGAAAAAGAAGAAAAUGAAGAAGAUACAGCUUGUAAAGAAUCUGAGGAUCAUCUCGUAGAAAGAUUAGUCAAUGAUAUGAGCGAGUGUGAAACUCCUGAUAUAACUAUGAAAGAUGUCUGUGGUUGUCAGGAUGUUAAAGACAAGCUUACAGAAAGUAUCAUUUUACCAAUCAAGUUCCCUCACUUAUUUCAAGGGAAGAGAAGACCAAUGUGGGCGGGGAUACUUUUAUAUGGGGCACCAGGUUCUGGGAAGACAAUGAUUGUUAAAGCUUUAGCUGGAGAAAAUCCUGAUGUGUCAUUUCUCAGAAUAGUUUGUUCAGAUUUAGUCUCUAAAUUCUUGGAACACCAGGAAAAAUUAAUUAAACAAUUAUUUAGAAAAGCUCAAGGAUUGAAACCAUGUAUUGUUUUCAUAGAAGAUUUUGAUUGUUUAUUUAAUGAAGAUGCAUCCAUGAUAGAUCGUAAAGUUCUGACAGAACUCAUGGUUCAAAUACAAGACAUUGGUCUUGAUAACGAAGGCAUUCAUGUAAUACUAAGUGCUAGAAAACCUUGGGCCAUUCAAAGAAGUGUUAUGAGGAGAUUAUGUAAAAGAGUGCUUGUGUCUUUGCCUGAUCAUGAAGCAAGAAGACAGGUUUUUAUGAAAAACAUGAAACCGAUUAAAAAUGAUGUAAAGGAUGAGGACUAUGCGAUAUUUGCUGAUAAAACUGAGGGAUAUACAGGGGCAGAUAUAAGUAUUAUAGUAAGAGAUGCUUCAAUGGCACCUAUACGCAAAAUUCAAAAUGCUUCCCACUUCAAAAAGGUACAAGGACCAAGUUUAACUGAUCCUGAUGUUGUAGUAGAUGACCUUUUGACACCCUGUGCCUCACAAGACUCAAUGGCUAUAGAAAUGUCCUGGGAGGAUGUAUCAGAAGAUAAACUGUCAGAACCAACAGUAACAACUGAUGAUGUAUUGAAAUCUUUAAAUGGAACUAAACCAUCAAUAGAUGAAGAGUAUCUGAAGAAUUUGAAUGACUUUGUACAGUCAUGGGAUUGAAUUGUCUUUUAAAUUAAGUUAUCAAAUUAUGCAUUGAUACUCAGUAAGAGUCAAUCCUAUGAACAAUACCUCUACCCAAGGAAUGUAAACAAUUAACAAGUAUGUAGCCUGUCAUUGAAAUUAUUUCAUUUAACCUUCCAAACAAACUGGUAUUGUUUAAAUGAAUUAAAUUAACCAU